GUAUGUAUAAAAGUGAGCCGUGUUUCCUGAGCUCAGUCUCAGAGCACCAGCUGAGCAAUGCACAGAGCAGACUUGUAGCCAGCUUACAUCACCUGCACCAUGAAGACAGUCACUGUGCCAGUGCUUCUGACUCUGGCUCUCUGCCUUAUACAAGAUGCUGUCAGUGAGGAUGCCAAUCAGGAAACAUGCAGUGAAUUUCAGGCAUUGAUGAAAAAUGGAAAAUUGUUCUGUCCUCAAAAUACAAAGCUUUUCCAAAGCCCUGAUGAAAUAACAUUCAUUAACAAAUGUGCAUCAUGCAAAAAGAUAUUGGAAAAUGCAGCAAAAUCCCAGGAAGGGGCCGUACAUUUAGCAAGAGCCACUAGAGACACUGCCCAGGCAAAGUUGAAUUGCGAUGAUUUCAGGAGAGGAAAAAAAGGUGGAGAAUUUACCUGCAAUGAUGGUGAAGCUGCUGUUUGUGGAACGGAUGGAAAAACAUAUCACAACAGAUGUGAGCUGUGUGCUGAGAAUGCGAAAACCGGAUCUCAAAUUGGCAUAAGAAGUGAAGGAGAGUGUGAGAGCAGUAACUCAGUGGAGGAUGUGUGCAGGGCUUAUCGGGCCUAUGUGGAAGACGGAAGGCUUGGAUGCACAAGGGAAAAUGACCCAGUUCUUGGUCCCGACGGGAGGACACAUGGCAACAAAUGCGCCAUGUGUGCUGAGCUCUUUUUAAAAGAAGCUGAAGAAAAUGCCAAGCGAGAAGGUAAAAGAAGAAUUCAACGAAAUGUUGAAAAGGCUUUCUGCAAAGAAUAUGAAAAUCAAGUGAGAAAUGGAAGACUUUUUUGUACACGAGAGAGUGAUCCAAUCCGGGGCCCUGACGGCAAGAUGCACGGCAACAAAUGCUCCCUGUGUGCUGAAAUGUUCAAAGCAGAACAUGAAAAAAAGAAAAUGAAAGAAAGAGAAUCAAGACAUAAACGACAGUCUAAGAAUGCAACUUCUUUUGAGGAGUUGUGUAGUGAAUACCGCAAAUCCCGGAGGAACGGCCAGCUGUUCUGCACUAGGGAGAACGACCCCAUUCAGGGCCCAGACGGAAAGGUCCAUGGCAACACCUGCUCCAUGUGUGAGGCCUUCUUCAAAGAAGAAGACAAAGCAAGAGCAAAGGCCAAAAGAGAAGCUGCAAAGGAAAACUGCAGCGAGUUUGAAAAUUUAAUGAGGAGUGGGAUGUUCACAUGCACCAGGGAUAAUAAUCCUGUUGUUGGCCCAGAUGGAAAAAUACAUGCAAACAAAUGUGUCAUGUGUGCAAGUAUAUUUCGACUUGAAGAAGAAGAGAAGAAAAAGAAAGAAAAGGAGAAAAUUGAAGGUGAAAAAGUUAAAAGAGAAGCUGUAGAGGAGCUGUGCCGUGAAUACCGACCAUAUAUGAGAAAUGGACAUCUCGCCUGCACUAGAGAGAAUGACCCCAUCGAGGGCCCGGAUGGGAAGAUUCAUGGCAACACCUGCUCCAUGUGUGAGGCCUUCUUCCUUCAAGAAGCAAAAGAGAAGAAAGAUAAACUCCGAGGGAGAGUUAAAAGAGAAGCUAUGGAGGAUACCUGCCAAGAAUAUCGGAGUCUUAUGCAAAAUGGAAAUCUUUACUGCACUCGAGAAAAUGACCCUGUGCGAGGCCCAGAUGGCAAGACCCACGGCAACAAGUGUGCCAUGUGCAAGGCAGUUUUCCAGAAAGAAAAUGAAGAAAGAAAGAAGAAGGAAAAGGAAAAUCAGAAAAAUGCUUCAGGCCAUGGUUCACAUGGUGGUGGAGGGAAAGCAGAGGAUCCAUGUGCUGAGUACCGGGAGAGGAUGAGAGAUGGCAAACUCAGCUGCACUCGUGAGAGUGACCCUGUGCGUGGUGCCGAUGGGAAAUCAUACAACAAUAAAUGUGGCAUGUGUAAAGAAUUACUACAAAGAGAAGCAGAGGAAAAGGUAAAGAGUUCUUCCUUAAGAUCUCAUAAGACUGAGUCAGCAUCAGGAAAGGAUGUAUGUGAUGAGUACAGAAGCCACAUGAAAAAUGGGAAACUUUCCUGCACUCGAGAAAGUGAUCCUAUUCGGGGUCCAGAUGGAAAAACACAUGGCAACAAGUGUGCUAUGUGUAAAACUAGACUGGAAAAGGAAGCAGCUGAAAGAAAACAGAAAGAGAAAGAAGGCAAGCAAAACACAGAAGACAAGAGCAAUGACAAGAAGCAGGAUCAGUGUUUUGAGUUCCGGAGCAAGCAGAAAGAUGGAAGACUUAUCUGCACCAGGGACAACAGUCCUUUCCGAGGGCUGGACGGGAAGAUGUACGUCAACAAGUGUGCCAUGUGUCAGACCCUCUUUGAGCGAGAAGCUAAGGAAAGAAAAAAUGAUGAAGAAAAAUCAAAUUCCCAAUCCUCAAAGGAUGCAAAGGACCAGUGCAAAGAGGUUACCAAUGAAGCAGAAGAUGCAAAGUUUAGACAGCCUUCGAGUUCCUUGGCCUACAUUGGCAUAAGUGCAGACGAGUGCAGUGAAUAUCGGAAUCGUGCGAGGAAUGGUGAACUCAUCUGCACGCGGGAGAACAACCCUGUGCGUGGGGCCGACGGGAAGACCUACAAAAAUAAGUGCUACAGAUGCAGAGCCAUCCUUCAAAAAGAAGCUUUAGAAAGGUCGAAACUCCAAGCAGAGCCAAUUUAUCUUAGAGCUUCUGAAGAGACACCAGAUUCCUCCACUUCUUCUCUGGAUUCUGAGAUGUGCAAGCACUACCGAGUCUUGCCCAGGAUUGGUUUUCUUUGCCCAAAGGAUUUACAGCCUGUCUGUGGUGAUGAUGGCAAAACAUAUAGCAAUCCCUGCAUGCUGUGUCAUGAAAACCUGAUACAUCAGACUAAUACACACAUACGCAGUCCAGGGAGGUGUGAGGACAGCAAAACCCCAGAAACCAAACCUGGCAGUGUCCGCACCGGACCAGUGCUACAAGGAACAGUGAAAGUCACAAAGAAAACAAAUGCACCCCAAUUCUGAAUGGCCUACCUUUACCAUCUGUAUAUAAAAAGAAUGCUUCAGAGCUUUUCUUAUUUACUAUAGGAAACAAUGCCGAGCGGUUGGGAUUGGACUCCCUGAUUUUCAGUCUUUUCCAUCUCUUUCCUUCUAGACUGUAGUCUGAGGGCAUGGAGAAAUCCCUACUCAGUCUGUGUUCUGGAAAUCUCACCAUAGUGUUGUCUGUCCUGUUAAUAAAUGUAGACUAAGCAGAACACAUUUUUGGGGGGGCUUUGGGGAUUCCUUUGUCCAUUCUUAGAUAAUGACAACUAUUUUUUAUAGAAGUUGGAAAAAUUCUAUCCUUCUGUUAAGCCAAGUGUUAGACAGAGAACAUCCACUCUUCACAUGCAAGUUGUUACUGUAGGUGAAAAGGAGACUUAGAAGUGAGCUGAUUCGGGCUCUCAGGCUGUUGACACCUGUGUAAAUCUACCUGUCACCUGCCAGCUCCCCAUCUAGCUCAUGUAUUUCCAUGAAUAACAAAAUUUUUUGUCCGUUUUGUACAUCUCACCCAAUGACACAAACUAGUCAUUUUUCAAUCCCAGUAUUAUUGCUUCUUGAGAAUUCACUACAUUUAGAACUUUGUACCUAUAGUCUGGAAAAGACUAAGUAAAUGAAUACCAAUACUUGUGGGUUUUCAAAACACCACUGUCCAAAAAAUAUGUGGUGCAAGCCCCAUGUGCAAUUUUAAAUUUUCUAGUAGCUACACAAAUGGCCAAAAGCAAUUCUCAUAACUUAUUUUUUGUAGCCUAGUGUAUCAAAGGUAUUAAUGUAACCAAUAUAAACUUUUUAAUUUACAAAGUCUUUGACAUUGGUGUGUAUUUUACACUUUCAGUGUCUCUCAAUUUGGAGCAGCCACAUUUCAAGGCCUUAAUAACAGCAUGUGGGUAAUGUUUCCAUAUUAGAAAAUGCUGCUGUGCCAUGUGCUAACAGAUACGGGAGUCCUAGGGAGGAACCCAGAAAUUAGAUAAGAGUGGGAAGUAACAACUCAUAAGCUCCCACUUCUGUGCUGCAAAUAUGUUGUUCUCAGAAUCUUGUUCUUGGUAUCCUGUGUUACUAUGUAGUCUCCUAGUUCACUUGAAGAUCCUGGACUGGUACUGAGCAUAUUCCCAGAGGCAGAAAGCAUAUGGAGAUUCUGUUGUGGUCCUAGGCAUUUACAGCCACAAAAGAACUGUGUCUGGUAUAACUUGCUGCUUGACUUGAAUUUAAUAAGAUUAUCUAACUGCUCUUUUUGCAAAGUAAGACUCCACUAGAUCAAUGCUAAUAGGAUCUUGUAGUUUUUGACCCCUGUAACUGGAUGAAACUCAAACUAUAGGUGGCUGACAUGUUCUCACAUGAUUUUUCCCUAGUGAGCAGAAAGGAAUCUCUGAUAUCUUUUCCUCUUUCGUAUUAGAACAUCAGUCCUUCAGUCUCUAGUUCUAUCUUUAUGCUGCAUUUAGCUUUAUUUUCAUUUUCCCAAGUAUUCACAUUGCAGGAAGUAUUUCAACCUAUGAAGUUUGACAAAAUGCAAUUCAGUCUGUAAUAGGACACAUCGGACUAAGGAACUUGCCACCUACUUUUCUCAGUUUCAAAUACAUAUUAAGUAUACUUUAUAUCAACAUGUAUACUUUUUAUUAUUGCUAUCAUUAUCAUAGAAUAACAAGUGUGACUGGAAUGUAAGGAAUCAAAGAGAGCACAGGGAGACAAGCCACAAAGAUGAAAGAAAGAGACAGAUACUGGUUCAUUAUUGAGUUGGUCUAUACCAAGGACCACAUGGUCCCAAAAGCCAGAUAUGGUCCAUCACCUAUUUUAUAAAUCCAAGUUUUAUAUCUCUUCCCAAAAGUCUUGUGUCAGGAGAUAUUAGGUUCUGAUUUUUUUGAUUUGGUAUUAUUUGCAUCUAUCUAGCUACCUAUUUAUCUAUUACAUAUCUAUAUCCCCAAAUCCUCCUGUGCUCAGAGCAGGGCUCUGGAGGGUGGUUGGGUCAUGGGGGCACUGCCCUGCAGAGUGGAUUCAUCUGAGUGAAUUUAGUGCUCCUUCCUGUUCUGCAUCUGGCUGCCAUGAUGUGAAUAGCCUCUCCCCUGCCAGGCCUUUCACUCUGCUAUUUCAGCAUUGGUGUCAGCUGACCAUACAUGGGAACUUCUAAAACUGUGAGCCAAAAUAAACUCCUCCUUUAAGCUGUA